AUACUGGUUUUGUUUUUUUUUUCAAUGUCACAUUGUAACAUAAAUCAAAUAUUGGUACAUCAAGUUUUUUGAAGAAGAAAACUGAAAAAAAUAUGGCAAAAUCAUCAUUGCGAAUAAUAUUCUAUACAACUGAAUUGACUGGACCACAAAAUGCUUGUAUUGGACUUGGACAAACAUUACAGGAACGUGGACAUGAUGUUUAUUUUUUUACAACCGAAGAAUCAAUGCCGAAAUAUCAAAAAUAUGGUUUUAAAUAUUUGGAAUUGAAAAAUGUUGAUGAAAAAGAUGCUGAACCAGAAUCAAAAGAUUCGGUAAAAGAAUAUAUAAAAUUAAUGAUUGAAUAUGGUUUUUUGGCCGAUCAUACACCAUUGGAAAAAUUACGUUCAUUAGAUCGGAUGAAUUUUUUCGAAGAUACAUUUGCAGGUACAUCAAGAAAAUUUGAUCAACAAAUCAAAUUGUAUCUUCAAAAAGAAUCAUUUGAUUUGAUUAUUAUUGAUUGUGAAAUAUUUCCACCAAGUUUAUUGACAACAAAUCGACCAUGGAUUUAUUUAUUUUGUUCACAUCCAAUUGGUUUGUUUCAAUCGGAUAAACUUCCACCAUUUAUAUCCGAUUUCGGUACGAAAAGUGAUCCAAAAACAUGGGAAACAUUUCAAAAAGAAUUGGAACAAAUAUUUUAUUCAAAAGUUCGUGAUGGACAACGAAUAUUAUUUGAAGAAUCAGGCAUCGUACCACCAAAAACUAAUGAUCGAUUUAUAAUGUUUUCGCCAUAUCUAAAUCUUUAUCAAUAUCCAAAAGAAUUGGAUUAUGAUGAUUGUAUUGAUAUUGAUCCAAAUCGUUAUGUUGGUGUUGAUGCUUUUUGUCGGUUCGAAUCGAAUGCGGAUGGAAAAACAUUCGAAAUUCCAUUUCGUAAUCGAAUGAAAUCUGGUGAUAAAUUAGUUUAUUUAUCACUUGGUUCAAUGGGAUCUGGUAGUGUUGAAUUAAUGAAACGUUUAGUACAGGUAUUGGCUAAAACUAAACAUUGGUAUCUGGUAUCGAAAGGAAAAUUACAUGAUGAAUAUGAAUUAGCCGAUAAUAUGUGGGGUGAUAAAUAUGUACCACAAACAACAAUUUUAUCGAUGGUUGAUGCAGCCAUUAUACAUGGUGGUAAUAAUGGUUUUACUGAAGCACUUUAUUUUGGUAAACCUGUUCUAAUAAUGCCAAUGUUUUAUGAUCAAUACCAUAAUGGUGUACGUGCGGUGGAAAAACAAGUUGGCCUGACGUUGAAUCCAUUUCGUUUCGAAGAUAAUGAAUUGAUCGAUUCGAUUGAUCGUUUAUUAUUUGAUGAUCGAUUUCGUUUGCGUACCGAAUCGAUUGCAAAAAAUAUUCGUCAACGUUGUAGUAAACAAAAAGCAUGUGAAAAAAUUGAAAAAAUUGUUAAAGAAUUUGAUGAUAAUAAUUAAAAAGAAAUUUCAAUAAAAUUUUUCUGAAAAA